UUUUAAAAUCGGUGUAGUUUAGCCUGCAACGCUUAUGAUAAGAGUCAAGUUGAAAUGGCCCACUCACCUGAUGCAGCCUUCUCUUCACCUGCUUUGUUAAGGGCUGAGCUGGUGUUUUCUGUAGUUAUGAUCCUUGGAUGUGAUACUAGGAGUGACACUUGGAUCAUCUGCAAGAGCAGUAUAUGCUAACAGCUGAACCACCCUCUCCAGCCCAAGGCUCAGUUUAUGAACCUCUUAAAAGCAUUAAUCUUCCAAGACCUGAUAAUGAAACUCUAUGGGAUAAAUUGGAUCAUUAUUACAGAAUUGUCAAGUCAACAAUGCUGAUGUAUCAAAGUCCAACUACAGGUCUCUUUCCUACUAAAACAUGUGGUGGAGAUCAGAAGUCCAAAGUCCAUGAGAGCCUGUACUGUGCUGCAGGUGCCUGGGCUUUGGCUCUAGCAUACAGGCGCAUUGAUGAUGACAAGGGAAGGACCCAUGAGCUGGAGCACUCUGCUAUAAAAUGUAUGAGAGGAAUUCUCUACUGCUAUAUGCGUCAGGCUGAUAAGGUCCAGCAGUUUAAGCAAGACCCACGGCCCACAACAUGUCUUCACUCCAUUUUCAGUGUGCACACAGGAGACGAGUUGCUCACCUAUGAAGAAUACGGCCAUCUUCAGAUAAAUGCAGUGUCACUUUUUCUCCUUUACCUGGUGGAAAUGAUUUCUUCAGGUCUUCAGAUAAUCUAUAACACGGAUGAGGUCUCUUUUAUUCAAAACCUUGUAUUUUGUGUAGAAAGAGUUUACCGUGUUCCUGAUUUCGGUGUCUGGGAAAGAGGAAGCAAAUACAAUAAUGGCAGCACAGAACUACACUCGAGCUCUGUUGGUUUAGCAAAAGCAGCCUUAGAAGCAAUUAAUGGAUUUAACCUCUUUGGAAACCAGGGCUGUUCUUGGUCAGUUAUAUUUGUGGAUCUCGACGCUCACAAUCGCAACAGGCAGACACUAUGCUCACUGUUACCCAGAGAAUCACGCUCUCAUAACACAGACGCUGCCCUGCUCCCAUGCAUCAGUUACCCUGCAUUUGCCUUGGAUGAUGAAGUUCUGUUCAGCCAGACACUUGAUAAAGUGAUCAGAAAAUUAAAAGGAAAAUAUGGAUUUAAGCGUUUCUUGAGAGAUGGGUAUAGAACAUCAUUGGAAGAUCCCAACAGACGCUAUUACAAACCAGCUGAAAUUAAGCUGUUUGAUGGCAUUGAAUGUGAAUUUCCCAUAUUUUUCCUUUACAUGAUGAUUGAUGGUGUUUUUAGAGGCAAUCUUGAACAAGUCAAGGAAUAUCAGGACCUUUUGACUCCUUUGCUUCACCACACCACAGAAGGAUAUCCUGUUGUACCAAAGUACUAUUAUGUGCCAGCUGACUUUGUAGAAUAUGAAAAGAGAAACCCCGGUAGUCAGAAACGGUUUCCUAGUAACUGUGGCCGUGAUGGGAAAUUGUUUCUUUGGGGACAAGCUCUUUAUAUCAUUGCGAAACUCCUAGCUGAUGAGUUAAUCAGUCCUAAAGACAUUGACCCUGUCCAUCGUUUCGUCCCACUCCAGAAUCAACGUAAUGUGAGCAUGCGAUACUCCAAUCAGGGUCCACUGGAAAACGACUUGGUGGUUCAUGUAGCACUUGUAGCAGAAAGCCAACGCCUUCAAGUUUUUCUCAAUACAUAUGGCAUUCAAACUCAAACACCUCAGCAGGUGGAGCCUAUUCAGAUCUGGCCCCAGCAGGAGCUUGUAAAAGCUUAUUUCCAUCUGGGUAUCAAUGAAAAGUUAGGAUUGUCUGGAAGGCCAGAUAGGCCCAUUGGCUGCCUUGGUACAUCAAAGAUCUACCGCAUCCUAGGAAAGACCGUGGUUUGUUACCCCAUCAUCUUUGACCUUAGUGACUUCUACAUGUCUCAGGACGUUCUGCUGCUGAUAGAUGACAUAAAGAAUGCUCUACAGUUCAUUAAGCAAUACUGGAAAAUGCAUGGACGCCCACUUUUCCUCGUUCUCAUCCGGGAAGACAACAUAAGAGGUAGCAGGUUCAACCCCAUAUUAGACAUGCUGGCAGCCUUUAAAAAGGGAGUUAUUGGAGGAGUCAAAGUUCAUGUUGAUCGUCUACAGACAUUGAUAUCUGGAGCUGUAGUAGAACAGCUUGACUUUCUACGAAUUAGUGACACAGAAAAACUUCCAGAGUUUAAGAGCUUUGAAGAACUAGAAUUUCCCAAGCAUUCAAAAGUCAAACGACAGAGCAGUACUGUAGAUGCUCCUGAGCUGAGACAGGAACCAGAUGUCACCAUUACCGAGUGGAGAAACAAACCCACUCAUGACAUCCUCCAGAGACUGAAUGACUGCAAUUGUCUGGCUGGUCAGACCAUCCUGCUGGGUAUACUGCUCAAAAGAGAGGGCCCUAACUUCAUCACAAUGGAAGGUACUGUGUCUGAUCACAUUGAGAGAGUGUAUAGAAGAGCUGGCAGCAAAAAGCUUUGGUCAGUUGUACGCCGUGCAGCAAGUCUUUUAAGUAAAGUAGUGGACAGCCUGGCCCCAUCCAUUACUAAUGUUUUAGUACAGGGUAAACAGGAAGCUGCAGCCUGCCUUCAAGAUCCUGCCCCCACAUUCCAGAAGCCUCAGAGCCUGCCCUCCAGCUAUGGCUGGACUGUUGUCCACCAGACCAACACAUCUUCCGGGAGAAAUUGUCCCUUACUGCAAAGGGUAACUUUGGGUGCCUUUGGACAUGAAGAGGAGGUCAUCUCUAACCCGCUGUCUCCAAGAGUGAUUAAGAACAUUAUUUAUUAUAAGUGUAAUACCCACGAUGAAAGGGAGGCAGUCAUUCAGCAAGAGCUGGUCAUCCAUAUCGGCUGGAUCAUCUCAAAUAGCCCUGAGUUGUUCAGUGGCAUGUUGAAAAUACGAAUUGGGUGGAUCAUCCAUGCCAUGGAAUAUGAACUACAGAUCCGGGGUGGAGAUAAGCCGGCCGUGGACUUGUAUCAACUCUCACCCAGUGAAGUUAAGCAACUGCUGCUAGACAUUCUCCAGCCACAGCAGAGUGGAAGAUGUUGGCUGGAUAGGCGUCAGAUUGAUGGGUCCUUAAACAGAACUCCCCCUGGGUUCUACGACCGGGUGUGGCAGAUCCUGGAGCGCACGCCCAAUGGUAUCGUUGUAGCCGGGAAGCAUUUGCCACAGCAACCAACCUUGUCGGAUAUGACCAUGUAUGAGAUGAAUUUUUCUCUCCUUGUUGAAGACAUAUUGGGAAACAUUGACCAGCCAAAGUACAGACAGAUCAUUGUAGAGUUACUAAUGGUCGUGUCUAUUGUGCUGGAAAGAAACCCUGAACUAGAAUUUCAAGACAAGGUGGAUCUAGACAGACUGGUCAAAGAAGCAUUUCAUGAGUUCCAAAAGGAUGAGAGUCGGCUAAAGGAAAUGGAGAAACAAGAUGAUAUGACCUCCUUCUACAACACGCCCCCACUGGGAAAACGGGGAACCUGCAGCUAUCUGAUGAAGGUUGUGGUGAACUUGCUGCUAGAAGGAGAAGUUAAGCCAAGCAAUGGGGACUCGUGUCUGGUUAGCUAGCCAGGGGGUGUAGGAAGCGCAGGUGAUAGCUUUCCAGCUGUGCCUUUUCUGUUGGAGCUAAUCCAGGCAGCCAGUAAUGAGUGAACUAAAGAGUUAGUGAGGUAGAUGUUGUAUUCUGUUUGCCAUUAUUUUUUGCAUGCCAGCUGCAGUUGAAUGGUAAGCAGUGAUUGGAAUCAAGUGAAACCCCAGUUUUCAUGAUUUGUGCCAGCUACCAUAAUCUUCACUGAACCACAGAAAUAGCUUGUGAAUUGAAAAUUCACUACUGCAUGUUUUGUGAUCAAAAAUUCCAUCGAAAUCCUGCUUCCUUUAGACCAAAUUUUUGCCUUCUGGCCAUUAAAACAAACGUGCCAGCUGGUGAUGCUUUACUGGACUUAGGCAGUAUUGAGAGAAUGUACCCACCCCUGUUGUACUCAAAAAGCAAGAUCAGCAAUGCACAUCAAAAAAAAAGCAAAACUGACCCCCUGAUAUUUAACCUCAGAAGCUGCAUUAUUAAUAAUGCUGUACAAAACUCUUAGUUUUUACCUAUAAACAUGACUAUGGUUUGGUAUUGUGCUAAGUAUAAGGGCUGGUCUAAGAUAGAAUAUAUCAAGCAUUUUAUGAGCAUCUGUUAAAUAUAGGAUUACAGAAGUGUAUUAACUGCACUCAUAUACAUCCCACAUGCAGGCACAUACACCUACACAUAAUUACAAAUAAUAAUAAAUAUAAAAACUUUUAAGUAGUUAAAUUUGUAAAAGCAAAGUUGAAAGUCAAAAAAUUCUGUUUCUGAACUAACAAAUGUGUCUGGAAACAUUCUUUGUUCAAGUCUACAAUACUGAACUUAAUAACCCUGAAUGUUUUCAUUUAAUUGAUUUGGACAUGGAAUUAGCUGCCAAAUUUACCUAAGCAAGUAGAUUAAAUAUUUAAAUCUUAUUAAUGUAUUUUCUUCCUAGAUGUCACAUGUGGUCCACUUGCUUGGGCUCUGAUCCCAACAAGCAUUGUUUUUUCUGACAGUCUUACUGAGUUUCACCUAAGACAUCAGGUUUGUCACAUAAAAUUUGUAACCCAGUGUUAGAGUCUGAAAGAUUAAGAAGGGACAAGUGGUUUUUCUAGUCAGCUGACACCAAGUAAAUGGAUGUAUGAACACCUGAAGAAAUGCAGCCCAACACAGCUCCAACCAGUUUGGGGUAUGGCUGGCUCCUAGAUUAUGUAUAGGACACUAUGUAUGUCAGUCAGCAAAGCUGGGAAUAAUGGUACAAUUCAGCCUUGCAAGCUAGACAAAGAAGAGAAAUACCUGACUCAGUAUGUGAAGAGAAGUUAUGAAAAGAUGGUCCAGAGGAAGCCACUUACAAAACUUAAGCCAGAAAAACAUAGUUAGUUGUUAAUCCCAUGGAGAGAGAAUAAGUUCUGAUGGCUGAUGGGUAGGGAAGAGAAAUUAAAGAAUGGCAGAGAGGAAAAGCCCUUGAAAUAUUUAAUACUUGUUAAAAUUCAGAAGGAAGUAAAUACUUGUAUCCUUAAGAAUUAAAUUUUUUGAUUAGCUGAGCAAAGUUGCAAAAAACAGCUCUUAGUUAAAAUAGACAUCACUUGCAAGUCUGUUUCUGAACAAGCACUUAGUUUCCUGUUACACAUGCUAAGUUUUGACAUUUUCUGCUGCUGCUCAAAAGAACUGUGUCAACUUUUUAAAAUGUGAAAUGCAAAAUUUAUUGUUCUGCAAGGUAUUUUGGGGUGAUCAAUAAAUCUUGAUGUUCCUCUAUCA